AUUAUAUCUGCACGAUUAUACUCGGGACACACCGGCGCGGUCCGGGUUGAGCAUUUGCGGCUUGUUUGGAGGUGUUUCCGUGGAAAAGUUGCCGCUGUCAGGCGGACCUGACAGGUUGUUUUCCUCCCUCUCUUUCUCCGGCUGUGUUGUUGUGCUGCCUGCUCGCUCAGCUGGCUGGAGCUGGUCUGACAGCUCCGAGGAGGAAUCUGCCGGUUAACUCUCUCACACACUCACACACACACACACACUUGCGGGUUCCAGAGUAGGAAACACACUCAACUUUAUCGGCGUAAAGAGAGGAAUCUACCCCCCCGGAUCCAGGGAGAUUUUCUCCUGCAGCAGACAUACCUGGAGCGAGUGUGGUUAGCCGGUCCGCUGCUAGCCCCGCAGUCGAGGAGUUAGGAGUCGGGACGGUGCUCACGUCGCUCAGCAGGUCUGUGCAGCUGUAGCAGAGCAGCUGUGAUCCAGUCCUAGGAAGACAGACUGGGGUGGAGUUUGGAAAUUAAAGAUCACUCAGCUUGACUCAUGCACACAAAGGCAUCAACCAUCCUGACAGUCUUGCACUCUUCAUCAGAUCUGACGCCCUGGUGAAGAGAGGAGCAGAGGUUUGGAUGCAGGCCGCAUGUUGGCUGCUGUGCCUUGGCCUGGUGGGGGCACUUGCCGUGCCGAAAGACCAGGCGCCCAAGGAUGCCCACAAGAUGUUCGACGGCAAGGCUUCCCCGUACGCCAACACCUGGGUGAACAACAACUGCAAGCGGCUGGCGGGUCUCCUCCGUCAGAAGAACGUGGUCGUCAAGAAGCUGGCCUCUGCUGCCGUGGCUGUAGGAAAGAACCAGAAGCUCUCGGAGGAGGAGCGGCUCUUCGAGAUUCAUACUCUGGAGGUUUUCCAGAGCCAGCUGAAUCAGAGCGAGCGCCUGGUGUUCCAGGCCGUGCAGAGCCUGCAGAGAGCGCUGCAGGGAGACUACACCGACGUGGCCCACAUGAAGGAGAGCAGCAGGCAGAGGCUGGAGGCCCUCAGGGAGGCCGCCAUCAGGGAGGAGCAUGAGUACCAAGAGCUGGUCGCCGCUGAGAGACACCAGCAGGAAGCGGCGAAAAGCCUUUUGGCCCAAAACAAAACUCUGUCCAUGCUGGAAGAAAUCCUGGAGGAUGUAAAGAAGGCAGCAGACCGACUGGAGGAGGAGAUCGAGGAACACGCUUUCGACAAUAACAGAGAGAUGGAAGGCGUGAACGUAGAGGCCGUGCUGAGAGUGGAUGACGAUGAUGAGAACAUAGGGAGGAUUAAGAACAGGUCCCAACAGAAGCAACAUGAGGACGACCUCGGGCUGAGCAUACUCAUCGACUCUCAGAACAACCAGUAUGUUCUGAGGAAACCUCGAGACUCCACCAUGCCCAGAGCCGACCAUCAUUUCAUCAAGGACCUUGUGUCUCUUGUGAUAUUGUCCCUCCCCUGUGGCUGGAUGUGCACACUUGUGGGUCUGCCUCCCAUGUUUGGAUACAUCACCUGUGGAGUCCUGCUCGGUCCCUCUGGCCUCAACACUGUCAAGUCGAUGGUUCAGGUCGAGACCCUGGGUGAGCUGGGCGUCUUCUUCACUCUCUUUGUGAUCGGACUGGAGUUCUCGCCCGAACGCCUUCGAAAGGUGUGGAAGACGUCCGUUCAGGGCUCCUUCUACCUGAGCCUGCUCAUGGUGGUGGCUGGUCUGCUGUGGGGACAAGUCCUGCGAAUCCGACCCACCCAGACUGUCUUCAUCUCCACAUGUCUGUCCCUGUCCAGCACGCCACUCGUGUCCCGUUUCCUGGCAGGGGGAAGCAGAGUCGACAAAGAAGCAGGUGACCUGGAAUACAGCACCGUCCUCCUCGGGAUGUUAGUGAUGCAAGACGUUCAGCUCGGCCUCUUCAUAGCGGCCAUGCCGACUCUAAUCCAGGCACAGAGUGGAGACUUGGACAGCUUCCUGUUCGGCAGUCUCCACGUGCUGCGCCUCCUGGUCCAGGUCCUGGGCUCUCUCGCUGUCGUGCUGCUGCUUUUUUUCUUCAUGAAAUCAUUCCUGAUCGGCCCGUAUUACAAGAAGCUGCACACUGAGAGCAAAGGCAACAAGGAGAUUCUGGUGUUGGGAACCGCAGCUUUUGUCUUCUUCAUGCUGACGAUCACUGACUUCCUGGAUGUCUCCAUGGAGCUGGGCUGCUUCCUGGCCGGAGCUCUGCUGUCCUCGCAGGGUCACAUGGUCACAGGGGAGGUCAUGGGAUGCAUUGAGCCAAUCAGAGACUUCCUCACUAUCAUCUUUUUCGCUUCUAUCGGUUUCCACGUGUUCCCGUCUUUUGUGGUGUAUGAACUCACCAUCCUGGUGUCGCUGACGCUCUCACUCGUCAUAUUGAAAUUUCUGAUGGCCGUGCUGGUGCUGUCGGUGCUCCUGCCUCCGUGCUCUCGCAACAUCCGGUGGAUCGUAUCGGCCGGACUCGCCCAGGUCAGCGAGUUCUCCUUCGUGCUGGGCAGCCGAGCGCGUCGAGCCGGCAUCAUCUCCAGAGAGGUGUACCUGCUGGUCCUCAGUGUCACGACUCUCAGUUUGCUGCUGGCUCCGCUCCUCUGGAAGGUUACUACCUACACCUGGGUUCCUCGAGCUGAGCGCAGAACGGUCACAUGACCGCACAGACUUCAGGACCAGACGGUUCCCGUGUGAAGUUUAGAGGCUCACAAAACCUCAAGUCUUAAUUCACUCACAGAACUGCCUUUUUUUCCUUCUUUUCCACAACUUCCUCUUUUCUUUUUUUUUAUUUCUCCUUGGUCUUCUUUAUUUAAUACACUGAUUAUGGCUUAGAAAAGAGAAAAUAACUUAUUGCAUUCCGACUUGAGAUCUGAAAAAACAAACCCUCAUUGAGAGAGUUUUCUUUUUAUUCUGUAUCAUUCUUUGUUUUCUAGAUGACAAGCUUGAACCUUUCAACUCAACAUAAACAGUACUGUAUUUAAUGUGACCUGCUUGACAUGCUUUAAGGUUAUAGCUUUUAAUAAUAAUUAAAAAAAACAAAACAAUGCUCUAACUCCACAGUGAAACUCCUGCAGGAUGCUCAGCAAGCACAGUUCAGAGCUGAAGCACAAAAGACUAAAGGCCUUCCGGCUUUGAUACACUUAAAAGAGUGUGCAAGUAUUUAUGUAGGAAUAUAUAAUAUAAAGUUUACUUUUUUGAACCAAAUUCAGUGAUCAUUCCUUUCAUUACUUUAAAUUUUCUCAUGUUGUUUACAAAGUUAUAUAUAAAUGAAUUAACUUUUUCUCAUAGAUUGUAUUUUUUGUACGAACACAAUAAAUUUCCAUCUUUCUUAUAGUUAUUUUUCAGUCAGCAUCAGGUGCUUCAGGUUUAGUUUGCUGCUUUUGAUUGAAGUAAAAACAUCUGUCUGCUGUAAACAACAGUACCACGUUGAUGUAAAAUGUACUACUGUGAAUUUAGGUGAGAUUAUACACUACUGUUACUGGAAAACUGCAGCAAAACGGCACCGAGUUCCCACAAUCCCUCCAAGUUUUAGGACACCCUGGUGCAGCUGACUGCGUUAUAGAGCCGAGAAUGUAGAUGAUGAAUAUCCGAAGAGAAACUCGCGUAUCCGCUGAAGUUACAUUUAAGGAAAAAAAACCUGCACUAGUUACCACUGAAUGUCAAACUUAUGUGCCUGCUCAGCACGUCUCUGCGCUCAACAGGUGACUCUGAAGACCUGGCUGUGAGAGGCCACAUCUCGUGCUGAAAACGUCUGUCUUAUAAGUCGUAGUGUGUCAUGUUGACUCCAGCGUCAUGUUCCUGCCGUGUGCUUUUGAGAAAAGAGAGGCUGUUCGCUUUUAUCUGUAUGUGUGAUGCUCUGAGGCACAAAUACAGGCUCCUUCCUAUCCAGAUUUUAUGUUUUCUUCAGUUUUUCAGCAAAAAAAAUGUAAUUCAGAAGGAAAAAUUUUCCUUUUUCUUACUUUUUUAAUGUUUAAUUUUUUUUUUAAAUAAAGUGUGUCCUU